AGACCGCGUGUGAUGGGACUGAUCCUGAGCGUGGCCUCAUCCCUCAUCAUCUCCACCAACCUGCUGGUGGCCGUGGCUCUCCUCCGGCUCCUCCACAAGAAGAGCAGCCAGAGCUGGUGCUUCGUCCUCAACCUGGCGCUGGCCGACACCCUGGUGGGCGUGGCCAUCACCGGCCUGGCCACCGAGGACCUCCACAGCAACGUUACAUCGUCGACGUCGUUCCACCACCCUGCGACCAACGUCACCUGUCCUUCUCCUUCUUCUUCCCCGGGAAAGACCCGCUGUCUGAUGCGGAUGGCCUUCGUGAUGUCACCCUGCACCGCGUCCAUCCUGUCCAUGUUUCUCAUCUCGCUGGACCGCUACGCCGCCAUCAAGGCGCCGCUGAGCUACUCCAGGUUGUCCGGAAAGGGGACGGCAGCGGCCUCGCUGGCGGCUCUGUGGGCUUGUUCGAACCUCAUGGGGUUCUUGCCAGUCAUGGUCCGCCAGCUUCAGAGUGACGGCUACAGCGGCCUGUGCGCCUUCUUCUCCGUCAUCUAUCCGGCAGGCAUCAUCGUUUUGUUCAGUGUCUGCUUCUUCCCCGUCCUCUCCGUCUUCGUCUACAUCUACAUGGACAUCCUGAAAAUCGCCUGCAGCCACCAGCGGCAGAUCUUCCAAAUCAGCCAAGCAGGCUCUCGGACCAUCAACAACCACAACCACAACAACAGCAGCGGAAGCAGCAGCGGCCCCCGCGGACGCCAGUAUCCCCCCCAGCAGGCGAGGAGCCACUACUGGAGCCACGUCAAGGCCCUGAGGACGGUGGCCUUGUUGGUGGGCUGCUUCCUCACCCUCUGGUGCCCGUUUUUCGUGGUCAGCAUCGUGCAGCUGCUGUGCGACAGCUGCGAGCUUAUCGUGUUGCUGGAGAACCACCUGUGGCUCCUGGGGAUGUCCAACUCGCUCAUCAACCCAUUGGUUUACGCUUGCUGGCAGAGGGAAGUGCGCACGCAGAUCGCCGAGAUGUUCGCGUGCUGCGCGGGCAGACGGUCCCCUGCUGGACCCGUCAUGGAGGCAUGGGACCUUUAG